UUCAUCAGUGUCCAUGUCAUGAUCCGGUAAAGAGGGGAGAAGAUCCCAAACCAUAAAAAGUCAUUACACAGAUUAAACCGAGUAAAGCAUUACGGAACAACAAGAGCCAAAACAGCAGCAAAAACCAAAAAUUUUCACAUUUAAAUUUCACUCCCCUCUGUUUUUAUCGGGUUUUAUUUUGAAGGUUUUGUUCUAAUUCGGCCUUGAUAAAAUGCAGAUUCAUCGCAGUUUAUUGCAAAUUGAACUAAAAUGAUACAAAAAAUUUUCAGCUUGAAUUGAUGGUUGACUUUUUCCCCAAAAAAUACAACUAGUUUUAUUAUUUGGAGUCAGAACACUAAUCCUGUCAUUUCAGUUCAACAGAACUGAUUUAGCCAUUUUUGAUUACAUAUCGAAGGUGGCAAAUUUUGGUUUUUAAUUAAAAUUUCUCAUUGAUUAGACACAGAAUCAAGUGUAGUAUUAAAUGAAGUUUGUAGUGGGUUUUACUUACACUAAAAAUGUAUUACUUUAUUUGUGAAAUAAUAAUUUUGGUAAAGAUUCAGAUCUCUUUUAGGUGUUUCUUUUAGAAUAAACCAAGGCUGUCCAAGGAUGCUGAGGGCUCCUAUCCAACAUGUUUUAGUUGUUUCCUUGCUCCAACACGCCUGAUUCAAUGGCUGAAUGACCUGUUGAGCAGUUCAUCUUGCUCUGUAAAAGCCUGACAAUCCCCAGCGGGUUAAAAUCAGGUGUGUUGAAGCAGAGGAACCUUUAAAAUCUGCUGGAUUGGGACCCUUGAGGACCAGAGUUGGACACCACUAAAAUAAACGAACUAAAUGACCUCGUCAUGCUGUGGCGUAUCUGUUUACUUCUCGUGCCGUCAUCCUAAAAGAUGCUGAGUAACCCAACAAUUAUCGGUCCAUCACUCUGAUGAAGUCACAUUAAAAGACAAAUGACUAAACUGAAAAAGUCUCAGUGAUUAAUCAAACCUUCUGUGGGAUUAUUUAAUACCUGCUGUACUUCUUAAUGGUGUGAAAUCCUGUUCUGUUUUUGUGGAUAUGUGCUGCUCUUGUGUUCCCAAACAGGAGUGACUCAUUGGAGCGGUGUACAUUACCCUUUGUUGUUAAACUCUGACCCAGACUCACAAUAAUCCCCAUGCAUAUUUGAUAAAGUCCCAAUGACAGCCCAGGGCACAUAUCUGUUACUGACCAGACCGCUGCAGUUGUGACCAGAGGAAGAAGAUCACGAGAAGGAGGCUGGAAGGAGCUAUGAGGAGGGCCAUGAUGAAAGGGUUAGGUGGUUAAUGGGGAGGAAGCGUGCAGCUGAGGCGUCAAACUGCUGGAGCAUGUGAAGAUGGUGGAUUCACAGAGACGGAGCGGGUUUGAGGAUGAACGUCUGGAAGAAGUUUGAUUUUUGUUUCUUGUCUGUAACACAAGCUGGUUUAAAAGGAGACAACUGAGCUUUUGCAUGAAAAAUGAAGCAGUUGUGUGCAAAUUUAAAUAUCUGAAUUCCAGGUGAGAGCCUUCUUCUGAGAAACGGCUGUAUUCCUAUGAUAAUCUGAUUUUUGUUGUAUUUUUCGCUGACUCGGCCUGAAACGGAAAAGACUUUAACAUUCUGUUCAGUCCAAGAUCAUCAUCUCUUAUUUUCUGUUUUUUUUGCAGGAGUUAUUGACCUUUUCUUCUCUAUUCUUGCAUUCCGCGGCCAAGUGGGAGCAUUGACCUUAUUCCAAGCUUCUCAAUCUCAUUACAAGAAUGGAUUUAGGAUUCCAAGGAGCUAGCAGAAGUUCCUCUCAUGCACAACUGCUGGAGCAAACAUCAAACGGGUCAUCUCUUGACCACUGGUCAUCAACAUUGGAACCAGGCCCACCUAAGCAUGAGGUUUGGAGCAUAUCGUCUUUGGUGCCUUUUACCGUCCUCACACUCAUGCCCACCUGUGAACCUGCAGUUUCUGGAAAUCCGUCCUCAUUUUUCCAGCCCACUUCCAAUGCAACAAAAGAGCCUGAAACUCCUGAAGCUUCAUCUUUUGGUUCUGAAUCCCAAACAGCCCGAGAUCUAACGUUUCUGACCUCAUCGCUUGGUGUUAAUCCUGCAGAAGUUCCACCUUCAGGCCUGGUAGAGGAGAGAUCCAUAGAUCUAAUUAUACCAAAAGAGCUCAAUGAGAAAGAAACAGAGGCAAGAACUCGCAACUUCACAACUCGAGAGUGGUUAGCACUGGUGGGAGUCCCAGUUGUUCUCGUGACCAUCGCUACUGCUCUCCUAGUCAAGUUCCUGGUGUUUCCGUCUAAUUUAGACGUGUCCUCUACCCUCAAUCCGGUUGGGACUGAUGGCUUCCUAAGUCAACUGCCGUAUCUGUUUAAGUUUCCCGGGAACCAGACAGGAAACAUCACUACCGAUUGCCAGACUGCUGCCAGUGAUGGGCGGCGUAUUGUUGGGGGGACCUUGGCAGCGGAGGACCAGUGGGGUUGGCAAGUCAGCAUGCAGUGGAGGGGAAGUCACAUCUGUGGUGGUUCCAUCAUCUCCGCUCGCUGGAUCAUCACUGCUGCCCACUGCUUUGUUGAGAACAGCAUGUUUGAACCGUCCGACUGGCUGGUGCUGGUGGGCACGUUGAGCAUCGCUCGUAACUCCCAGGGCAAGCGCUACAGAGCCCUGCAGGUCUUCUACCACCCUCAAUAUAACAAGAACAGCUAUGACUAUGAUGUGGGGCUGCUGCGCACCAUCACUGACAUAGGCAUGACCGAUGGGGUGCGUCCCGUGUGUUUACCGAGAGAAAACGACUCCUUUCCUCUAGGAACACCAUGUUGGAUCACCGGCUGGGGAACCACUCAGGAAGGAGGUGAUUCAUAUGGCUAUAAGAAACCCCACCGGGGUCCCGUCACCUCGCGGCGCCAAGAACUGACGCCGGAGGACUGUCGACAACCUAAAUCUCCUCCAGCGCUGAGUUUUGCUGGGGGGUCGGUGAGGGUCUUGACGUCGCUAGGAGAAAUGCCGAUCCACGAACUCAAGCCCUGA